AUGUCUUCAAGUGAAGAAAUCACUUACUCAUCAAGUGAUGAAGCAGAUGAAGCUAUAGAAGAAAUGGUCGACGAAGUAGUUGAUAACUACAUUGACGCAAUGGUAAAUCAAAAAGCCAAGAGACGAGCUUAUAUCGAAAGAGAGCGGAAAAGAGGACACAAUCAACUAUGGAACGACUAUUUCAACGAAAAUUCAACAUACCAACCAGAAAUGUUUAGGCGGCGUUUUCGAAUGAACAGGCCAUUGUUCCUUCGCAUUGUUGAACGCCUAAGCACUGAAGUUCCAUACUUUCAGCAAAGAAGAAAUGAUGGGAUAAUACAAUUGUUUGGCGAAGAGUUUCUAAGAAGACCUACAGCGGAGGAUCUUGAACGAUUACUCGAUAUUGGAGAGGUACGCGGGUUUCCAGGGAUGAUAGGCAGCAUCGAUUGUAUGCAUUGGGAGUGGAAAAACUGCCGAAGGGCUUGGAGAGGGCAGUACGCACGUGGUUCAGGAAAGCCGACAAUUGUCUUAGAGGCUGUGGCAUCACAAGAUCUUUGGAUAUGGCACGCAUUUUUUGGAUUACCUGGCACCCUCAACGAUAUCAAUGUUCUUGAUCGAUCACCAGUUUUCAAAGACAUUGAAGAAGGCCGAGCACCGAAAGUUAAUUUCAAGCAUUUAUCCAAUCCAUCUCACUUCCUCAAAGUCCUAAAGCAUCACUAUUUGCUGAACAUUAAGAAUCCACCAGAAAAGAUGUUGAACGUGCUUUUGGAGUAUUGCAAUCGAGUAGAGAACGAACGAAGCGGAUACGGUCAAAUUGAUACAUCUGAGUUCGAGACAGGAGAGUCAAGCAGAAGUUCCCAGGUGCAAGGCACAACAAGUUUUAAUAUCGGUAAUAUCAGCCGUGUCAUUCGCAAUGAGGUUCGGGAUUCACAGAUACAUGCUCGUUUAAAAGCUGAUUUAGUUGAAAAUAUAUGGUAA